AUGACAACUUCUUCGACUGCUGCUACUCGUUCAAUACUUGUUCAUUCUGAUCUUUAUCGUCAAGCAAUGAAUGAUCUUUACUCAUACAUCGCAAAUUCUGAACAUGGUUAUUUAACUCAAGAUGAACUUUUUCAUCAUUAUCGACAACAACAUGGAAAUGCAGAAAUACCAUAUCGUUUCUUAGGUUAUUCAUCAUUACUUGAUUUAGUCGGAAGUGAUCAAGCUCUAUUUACUAUUGAUUUUCAUCGUGGAAUAGCUUAUAUCUAUUUAACAAAUAACAUUCAACAUACACCACGACAUGAUUUAUAUACACCUGAUUCACAUAUUCAAUCGAAUGAAAAUAUUUCUACUGGACCAUCUUCAAAUUUAUCUAUGAUAUAUGGUGCUGCACGUGGUGUUGAUGAUUUAACUCCAAUAUAUUCAUCAACAAAUCGUUUUAAUCCACCAACUCAACAAGAUCUUCGUAUAAGAAAAAUUUCAUUUAAAAACACAAUUGUUUUUUUUAAAUAG